AUGUCAUUAGAGUUGAAUACAAUUAAAGUCAAUCCAACUGGCUGGGGUCCAGUCGGAAAAUUAGAGAAAUUCACAGAUAUUCCAUAUGCACCAUUUAGCAAAGGUGAUAAAAUUGGUAAAUGUUCAGAUUGGAACUCUAAUGUUAGAAAUUAUCAACGUCAAAAUUAUGGAUCAAAUGCAUUCAAUCCAUUCACAUUUAAAUUGGAAGAUGAUGAAGAUUCAUUCACAUUAGUUGAUUACACUAGAGUACAAAAUAAACUCAAGAAUAAAGGUAAAACCUAUCAAAAACAAUUUUACCAACAAAACAAAAGAGGUGGUUCAAAUGCAGGUGGUCGUGGUGGUCGUGGUGGUAUGCGUGGUGGUAGAUUCGGUUCAAACAAUAAAUAUUGGAAUGAUAGACGUCAAAGAAAUAGAGAAUCAAGUAUUGAAAUCCUUUCAAGUUGGGAAUCAAAAGAAGAAUUUGAUUUAUCAACAUUUAAACAAUACACUGUUGAACAAUUACCAGAACCAGAAACAAUUGGAACUUAUGGUCAAGUUAAAUAUUAUAAUAAAGUUUAUGAUAGAAUUAAUGCAAAGAAUGAAAAGAAAUUACAAAAGACAGAGAACAGUGUUCCAUUAAUUCCAACAUCAGAUGAUAAGGUAAUUAGAAGUGAAUAUAUGAAUGGUAAUGUCUAUGCCACUGAUAGUAUUUUAGCAGUAUUGAUGAGUGCUCAAAAGUCAGUCUACAGUUGGGAUAUCGUCGUUCAAAAGGUUGGUGCACGUUUAUUCUUUGAAUUGAGACCAGGUACAUCCGAACAUUUGACAGUCAAUGAAAAUCUUACAGCUCAUCAUCAAGAUGACAAAGAUCCAAUCAACACCACUUCCUCACUCUCACAAGAAGCAACUCAAGUCAAUCUCAACUAUUGGCAACAAGUUCUCUCUCAAAAUGUUGAGCCAUUCAAAUUUGAUAAUGAACUUCCAGAAGGUGACGAAUUUGAAAAUUGCGUUGACGUUGGUUACGCCUACAAGAAAUGGGAUCUCGGUGAUGAUAUCGUCGUUUUAGCUCGUACUGAAAUCGAUGGUGUCGUCGAAGGUCUUCCAGGUCAACCACCAAAAUUCAUCUCUAUCAAAGCUAUUAACGAACAUGAUAGUAAUAGAUUCGGUAUUGAAUUUAGAAAGAAAUUAGAUUCUCAAAGAGCUGCUAUCUUGGCUACUGAAAUUAAAAACAAUUCAACUAAAUUUGCUAAAUGGUCUAUUCAAUCAACUUUAGCAGGUUGUGAAAUGUUAAAUUUAGGUUUUGUUUCUCGUGAUUCAAUUCGUGAUAAUAAUAAUCACGUCAUUUUAGGUACUCAAUUCUAUCCAGUUGCAGAUCUCAAUAAACAAAAUGGUGUUGACAUGAAGAAUUGUUGGGGUAUUUUGAAACAUAUCGCUCAAACUUGUAUGAAAUUAGCCAAUGGUAAAUAUCUUUUACAUCGUGAUCCAAAUCGUAAUGUUAUCAAUCUUUACUCUGUUCCAGAGAAUGCUUUCGAUCAAAUCGAAGAAGAAACUCAAGAAGAGGAAGAAGAAGAACAAAGCAAAGGUUGGGUUGAAGAAUCAAGAGAAUAA